AUGGCGGUGGAGGUGGUGGUGGAGGAGGUGGUGGGGCCGGUGGCGGAGGUGGCAGAGGUGGUGGCGGAGGUGCUGCGGAGCUAUUUGAUGGCCGUUGAGGGGCUGGGUCGUAAGAGCGUCGCAUGCAUCGUGUUGCUGGCACUGCAUGGAAAGGAGUUCCCGGUGGACAUCAAUGUCGCACGUGUAUUUGCUCGACUGGGGUGGAUCCCAAUCGAGGCGGAAGCUACUCUGGAGCAGUUGGAUUCGUACCCCCAGGAGCCCGAGGUUCACAAGUACCUGCGAAGCCGUCUGAUGCACUUUGACCUGGAGACCCUGUACGAACUACAUUACCAAUCCAUAACACUUGGCAAGCUAAACCCAGCUGAGCCGGGUAUCGUUCUACAGCCCCCCCCAACACCACCACCACCGCCAGCACCGCUGUCUCAGCAGCCGCCAUCGGAAGUGAUGCACCCUUCGAGUCCUAGCCCGCCGCCGCCACCAGCGGCAUCGCAAGGGCGGCUGCUACAGCCGCCGCCACCAGCGGCAUCGCAAGGGCGGCUGCUACAGCCGCCGCCGCCAGCUCCACCACUCCUGUUGAGCGCUCCAGUGGCACAGACCUCCGACCUGGUGGAGCAGCCAGCCGCGGCGGCUGUGCCGGCCCAGGCCUCGGCCCCGGGUUCGACCGGUCAGGUGUUCGGAGUCCGGAAGCGCGCGAGGGUGAUGGGGAUGAAGAGCCAGGCGGACGAGGCGGCAUCAGCCGGGGGAGUUAGGUUUCCCGGAGAUGCCGACACAGUAGCUGCGGCGGCAGCGGCAGAUCCGCCGUACGAGGCUGCGUCUACGGAGGAGGACGAGGAGUAUCGGAGAGGCGCGGCGGUCGUGGAGGUCAAGGGGGCGGAGGUAGCGACGAGACGGAGGAAGGAAAGGACGCCGUCAUUAGCGCCGCCGGCGCCUGUGACGGAGGCGGCGGCGGAGGUGGAGGUGGAGGCAUUAGCCCGGCAGCAGCAACAACUCCGGAGAUUGGAGUUUGAGAGGCUGCUACACGGGCUCCAAGACCAAAGUACGGCCAGCUGGAAUGGUACGGCAGCUGUCAGCCACGUCAGCCAAGACGUGUCUGCUGCUGCAGUGUCCGAUGCACCGAUGUAUGUCUCUGCGGACGGUAUGUUGGUCGCUGACAAGAUCGCUGCCAAUGCCACAGCUGCCGCCGCUGCGGCGUCGGCGUCGGCGUCGGCGUCGGCGGCUGGGGCUUCCUCGGUGACUCCAAGUACGGCGCCGACGCCUCCGGAGCUGGCACCUGCACCCGAGUACGCGGCCAUAGCCACGAUGGCAUCGGAGCGCGGCGAUAUGGACUCUACGCCUCCUCACCCAGCGGUGGAAGUAAAGGCUAGGUCAUCAGUGAGCUCGUGGAGUCGCCGACCCGGACCUCCCGACGCCUCCGACGCCGAUGAUGAAGCCGCUGACGAUGUCCAUGACGCUGAAGUCGACGGCGGCGGCGACGGCGACGCCGAAGCUAACGCCGACGCCGACGUCUCUGCUCCCAUACCUGUGGGCCCUCCUGAAGUGGCCUCAGCUCCGGAAGGUGCUCCAGGGGUGGUUGACGAGUUCCAGACGCCCCUGGUUGUGGGGGGCCAAGAUUGUGAGCCGGUACAUAAUGGCGGUGGUGUUGAAGCGCUGCAGAUGGGGUUCAGUGAGACGGUGGCGGCGACGCCAGCAGCAGCGGCGGCGGCGGUGGUGGAAGGUGAAGGCGUUGCGGUGUCGCUUUCGUUGAACAGAUCGUCGUCGCCGUCAGCAGCGGCUCCGUUGAGGAAGCGGAAAGGGAGACUUGGUAAUGUUGAUGACGGCGACGGCAGCGGCAACGGCGGCGAUGACAUGUGUUUUGGCGGAGGGCAGGCCGCACUGCCACGACGGCAGUUGUCCCCACCUAUUGGCCGUGCCCGUUUCGGCUGUAGUGGUGUUGGCGAGGGUGCCUGUGCCGAUGAAGGUGGUGGCGAGGUAACAGAGCGCAGCCCCCGGGGACGGAAGCGCACUCGCAAUGCACCCUCGUCUGCUACAGAGGGUCCCGUCCUCGUCAAGGAGGUGGAGGAGGAGAUGACGGUGGCGCCGGCUGCUGCGGCGGCGAUGACGGAGGAAGCGCUACACGGCGAGAAAGCAGAGGCGGCAGUUUCAGCAGCAGCUGCAACAGCAGCAGCGGCGGAUACAUUGGGGGAUUCUGUGAUGGCGGAUCCAGGACUGGAUUCGCCAGUGGUGAUGGCAGCGGCGGUCCGUACACCCCUGCUGUACACUGACGACGACGCCGUCAUGGCGACCGUACGCCGUACACUGUGCAACGAUGGCGUUAUUGCGGUUGCUGAAACCGGCGCCGCCGCCACCACCGCCAGCGAUCCAGACCUCCUGGGACAUGGGGCUAUCUCGGGCUUCCGCCUGCUUGAGGAAGGGGUGGCAGCGGCGGCGCCAGGACUGGGAGCUUCCGUGCCGCUGGGCUUCUGCGUACGGCAGGAGGUCGCCGGUGCUGCCACUGUACGGCAACGAUACUUGGAGCUCAGUGUCGCCGUACACCCGGACAAGUGCCGCCACCCGCGUGCCGCCGAUGCUUUCGCCGCCCUUACGCGCGCACUCACCACUGUACGGCGGGCUGUGGACGCCGCUGCCGCUAUCAGGGCCCCUGCACCUGCUCUGUGGGCCAGCGCCACGGAGCCGACGACCCACGGGUCAUCAGAUGGCUGUACAGGAGCUACAGGCGCUGCGCACACGGAGGGACCACUUUCGAAAGGCAGCUGCGGCGGCGGCGCUGACGGCAGUGGCGGUGCCGCUGCCGGUACGCUAGACCCGCCCAUGUACAUCAUCGAGCCAGACGGCACCAUCCGCAUUCCAGCAGCUGCCAAGACACCGCGGAGAGGCGCUGUGGGGCACAUGGGGGCGGCUCCGCCCGUUCAGGACCAUGACGCAAGUGGUGGAGGGGCUGCGGCCCCCGGUGAUGGCACUUGGGGCAGGGGAACCAACGGCAUCAACGGCAGUCGUACGGCUAUCGUGCGCCAUACGGCGGAGAAGCGCACGCGGCGUCGUGUUCUGGCGCUCAAGAUCUCGGACGACGUGAUCCGGGCCAUCGCACCGGAGCUGCCCUGGCCGCCGGCAUCUUCGCAUGCUGCUGUUCAACAGCAGCAGCAACAACAACAACAACCGUCCACGGACACGGAGAGUGACGAUAUGCCGUACAUGCUCGUCCUACUAGAGCCGUUGGCCGUUGGAACCUCGUCCCACACGGUAUCAGCUGCAACAGCGACUGCUGCCCUAGCGCUCAGCACGGCCCCAGUCUUCUCUGCGGGGGCUGCUAAUACGGGAAUUGCCGCCGCUGCUCCUUUGGGCUUUGCUGGCACUGGCAUUGCCCCUGCCGACGCUGCUGUUGCUGCUACUGCUGGUGCUCGUGCCGCUACUGCUACGGCCUUUCCCGAGGGUGGCCGGCGGUGGCCAAGCAGAAGGGGACUCGAAGCGGAGAAGGUGCCGUAUUCGCGGCUUCAAACCCAGCAGCACCAGGCCUCCAAGCCAGGGGCCCGCACCGCCGCCGUCACUGUCGCCGCGGCGAAGGUGACAGCCAGAUCGACGGCGACGGCGGCGGCAGGACCCCAGGAGCCCCUCUGGCGGGUGGCGUCACCGGAGGUGGCGGCGCUGCCGGCGCUGCGGCGCUUGAGACAGUUAAUGGUGGCGGCGGAGAAUCGACCCAUGGGUCGGUUGUCGGCAAGAAACGGCAUGGACGAGGGUGAUCCUUCGCAAAUGGAGCGCACGGAGGCAGGGGCCCCCGCGGCCGAGGCCACAGCAUUGUGGAACAUGGAGCUGCGCGCUGCAGUACUGAUGCCUUGCCGCGUGGCGCUGCGGGGAGGGUUUCCCCUGAAUGGCACUUACUUCCAAACUAACGAGGUAUUUCUAGUCGAGCACACAGCCCAACAGCCGCUGCGGCUUCGACUGGGACAACUGCUGGGGAUUGGGGUUGAAGCAGGGCUAGCAGCUUUGGAACCGCCAUCGCCGUCGUCGCUACCAACGCCGUCGUUACCGCAAAAUGAUGCGGUAGAGAUGGCUGCUGCGUUUGGGCCGACCAUUGUACCUAGGGAAGUACGGCAUGAGUGUACGGCUGUGUACUUUGGCCAUGCCACGUCGAGCAUCACGCGCGACAUGACGGCUGCUGAAGUGGCGGAGCUGUUCGAGGAGGGAGCCGUGUGCGUGCGCGCAUUUUGCUUAUUUACAGGUAAUCCAAGACCGAUUCCGGCUUUCCUAGGGGCGCCAUCUGCUGGCCGAGGGCCAAGAGCUGGAGCCCGUCGAAGCGCGAUUGAAGCCGGCCUUGCAGAGGAGAGCGCAGAAUAA